AUGGCAGACGGAGUAUCGAUUUGGACUCCCAUUCUCUACCUCGCCGUGCUGGUCACAGCCCUGGUAGUUUUUUCACGGGUCUAUCGUCAACGUAAGUUGAAUGACAUCGCACGGGCAGAGUUGUUUUAUGAGCGCAACUUUGCUCAGGAAAUCUACCGCUCUCUACGUGAGGGCUCUCAGGUUGUGCCCGACAACGUUCUCAAAAUGGCGUUACUUGUAUGGGGUGCCACAGACUUCCUUAGAGUCAUGAAAAUCAAAGAGUGCAAGCCUGCAGUCGCGCAACUGGCCCAGAAUGGAAUGGUUGGCGAGGUUCUUGAGUUCAGAGUUGGAGGUACGGAGAAGGCGCUCGAUGAGGAAAUUAAAGUGAUCGUUGGUGAUGCCUUGACCUUGGCCCCGGAAUGGACCUCCGUAGUUCAAACAGCCGGUGAAGUAGCACAGAAUGAUGCUGUGCGUCGCAGGUUGACAUUCCUUUCUGAAUUUGAAAACGACCUCAAGCUUAUGGCUGGCCCGGACGCUCUUGAGAGGGCAUCAAAAGGAGAAACGGCUUGGCUGGUCAAAAAGCAAAAGCCAGCUAAAUGA